UAUAAACGCCUUUAGUUUUAAGUGUGCCAGUUGUACAUUGAUAUUUAAUAGGAAUGGAUAUAUUUUAGCUUACAAGUGACUGAAAUUUUAUUUUUGGAGAUAUUCGUUUUUGUUUUUUCGAGACUUGUAGUAUUAAUAGAAAUUUUAUUUGCACUAUGAUGGAAGUGCCGUCAUGCCCGAAGAAAAGUCUUUCGCUGUCCCUCCCUGUCCCACGGGAGGGACAAGCCACCCUAAAACCUCCUCAACAUCUAUGGAGACAACCAAGGACGCCAAUAAGAAUAAAACACAGGGGGUACUCGGAUACAGACCGCCAUCCUCACCGGCAGAUGGAGCGAUCGGAUGCGAUGGAUACCAGCGACCGACCUGGUCUGAGGAAGUCCAGGAUGUCCUGGCCAUCGUCCUUUCAUGGGACAACCAGUAACAGUCAUACAAGCCAUAAGCAACGCUUCGAUGUUGAAAAUGGGCCUUCUCCUGGUCGCAGCCCGAUCGAUUCGCAGGCGAGUCCAGGGCUGGUGCUGCACUCCAACUUUCCGCAAAGCCAGCGGAGGGAGUCCUUCCUGUACAGGUCUGACAGCGACUAUGACAUGUCUCCCAAGACCAUGUCACGGAACUCCUCGGUCACCAGUGAGAUACACACCGAGGACCUCAUUGUUACACCGUUUGCUCAGGUGCUGGCUAGCCUGCGCAGCGUCCGCAACAACUUUACCAUUCUUGCCAACGUUACCUCCCCAACGAACAAGCGCUCCCCAGUAAUGCCUCAGCAGACAGUCUGUAAAGCAACUCUCUCAGAGGAAACUUAUCAGCAGUUAGCCAAAGAGACCUUGGAAGAGUUGGACUGGUGUUUGGAUCAGUUGGAAACGAUACAGACCUAUCGUUCCGUCAGUGAAAUGGCUUCCAACAAGUUCAAAAGAAUGCUGAACCGUGAGCUCUCCCACCUGUCUGAGAUGAGCCGUUCAGGGAACCAGGUCUCAGAAUACAUCUCCAACACCUUCCUUGAUAAGCAGAACGAUGUUGAAAUCCCUUCCCCAACGCAGAAAGAACGAGAGAAGAAAAAGAAACAGGAGCCUAUGUGCCAAAUCAGCGGUGUUAAGAAGCUCAUGCAUAGCUCCAGUUUAACCAACUCUACCGUCCCACGGUUUGGAGUGAAGACUGACCAAGAAGAGCAUCUUGAAAAGGAACUGGAUAGUUUGAACAAGUGGGGCCUUAAUAUAUUCCGAGUGGCAGAGUACGCCAAUAACCGGCCUCUUAGCUGUAUAAUGUACACCAUAUUUCAGGAACGGGAAUUGCUGAAAACCUUCAAUAUACCCGUGGACACCUUAAUCACUUACAUAAUGACCUUGGAAGACCACUACCAUGCGGAUGUAGCAUACCACAAUAGCUUACAUGCUGCAGACGUCAUGCAGUCCACACACGUCCUUCUCUCCACGCCGGCAUUAGAUGCGGUGUUUACCGAUCUGGAGAUUUUGGCUGCAUUAUUUGCAGCUGCAAUCCACGACGUGGACCAUCCUGGCGUUUCUAAUCAGUUUCUUAUUAAUACAAAUUCGGAGCUGGCGUUGAUGUACAAUGACGAGUCGGUGCUGGAGAAUCAUCAUCUGGCUGUCGGCUUCAAGCUGCUUCAGGAGGAGAAUUGCGACAUUUUCCAGAACUUAACCAAACGCCAGAGGCAGACAAUGAGGAAGAUGGUGAUUGACAUGGUCCUGGCGACGGAUAUGUCCAAACACAUGAGCUUGUUAGCUGACCUGAAGACCAUGGUGGAGACCAAAAAAGUGACCAGUUCUGGUGUUUUGCUGCUAGAUAACUAUACAGACAGGAUACAGGUCCUCCGCAACAUGGUACACUGUGCUGACCUGAGCAACCCAACUAAGCCCCUGGAUCUGUAUCGCCAGUGGACUGAUCGCAUUCUGGAGGAGUUCUUUAGACAGGGGGAUAAGGAGAGGGAGAGAGGGAUGGAAAUAAGUCCUAUGUGUGACAAGCACACAGCCUCCGUGGAAAAAUCACAGGUGGGCUUCAUUGAUUAUAUUGUACACCCUUUGUGGGAGACCUGGUCUGAUCUUGUUCAUCCUGAUGCUCAGGAUAUCCUUGAUACUUUGGAGGACAACAGGGAUUGGUACCAAGGCAUGAUCCCACAGAGUCCCUCUCCACCACCUGAUGACCCGGACAAAGACGAGGAGGCUUGCAUUGAGAAGUUUCAAUUUGAACUCACCCUUGAGGAGGAAGCAGAAGACUCUGAUAAAGACAGGAACAGUGGAAUAGAGGAGGAUGAGGGCAGCUGCCCUCUUGAAGCAACUGAAAUACGAGAGCCAGAAAUUGACAUAGAUGAAGAAGCAGAGACAAUGCAGGAAGGACAAACAGAACAGACUGAGGUCUCAAAUGACACAACACCUGUGGAUUCAUGAACUUGGAUGGAAAAAAACGUAUAAACCUUCGAUAACAAACACAAAACUGUUUUACAAGAUCAAAAAAUGUGGUUUAUUUCAGAUUUCAUAUUUAUUUUUGGUUUACUUUUUUAUUCUUUUUUUUGUAUUCUCAAGGGGAACAAACACACUUACUGUAGAUUCAGAUACUUUUGCACAGAAUAGGAGUUUGUUGCCAUAAGAAAGUUACAACAUGCUCUAGAAAAAAAAACUGUAACUUAUUUUAUUUUUUAAUAUAUAGGUUUUUUUUUGUUUUGUUCUAUUUGUUUUGCUUUUUUUCCCUUUUAAACGGAUGCAACAAGGAAAUCAAGUUUCAUUUCUAUUUUUGCGCUUGCUGCGAUAAGCCAUUUUUUCCACAAAGAAAUCGAUAACUGAAUGGAAAUGUGAUUUUUCUUAAUUUUUUUUAUUUUCAUUUUUCCUAAUUUUUUACUGUGUGUUAUUUCAUUCCACCCGGCGGAAUGUGUUGUAUUUUUUUAGUUAACAAAUAGAUUGUUCAUUAUACAGAAAUAGUCCUUCUCUCAUGGCCAAGCUGGUUUCAUCUCCCUGAACAUCUAGUCUAGAAGGGAGAAGGAGUUGAAUAUUACAAGAGAAAGGUUGUGCCUUUUAUGUAAAUGUAUGUUCGUCUUACUUUGUGGCAGAGAACUCCCGUGGCAAAAGGCUUCUGGGUAAACUAUAAACAGAAUACGUUUUGCAACCUUACCUUUUAAAAUGUGCACUUUCACCUAUCAAAUGCGUGUGUACAAAAUGCUCAAGAAGUAUUUUUGUGUAGUGAGAGAUUGCAAACCAAUAUGUUAUGAAAUUGACCUAUUUCCUACCAAAAAGAAGGCCAAUACUCUACACCUCUUAAGUGGUAGCUAAAUGGUCAAAGAAUGUGAAAAGAAUGUGAAACUAAUGUUAUCCAGCAAAGACACUUUUUUGGUUAUAAAAAAUAUAUAUAGUAAUAUUUUAAUUAUAUCUCUUUAACUCUUGACAUAGAUAUAGAAAUAUAUAUUUUCUAAAUUGUCUUAAUUUAUUGAACGGUUUCUCUCAUGAGAUCCACAAAAACGCCAUAGUUUUGGGGGGGUUGGUACAGUUAGGUAAUAGUAAAAGAAAAAUGGGGGUAAUAGAAAAUAUCAUAUUGGAGAAGCAGCUUGCAGCGUGGCUAAAAGUCUUCCUCAAUGUGUUAAUCUCUUCGUCUUUUGUUUAAUUCUUUUUGUUAUGUUUGCACAUAAUGGCAAUACACUAACACACGAGUGGAUUUAGGGGGACAACAAGCUGCAAAUGUAUCUUCAGGGGGGAAACGAACAAUAUGAGUUUUCAGCAGCAGAUUUUUGGGCUUCUUUUAUUAUUUUGCCAAAUACUUGCAUGUCUGUAAUCUGCGAUUAAAAUGUAAAAGAAACAGUAAAGGCUAAAGGUCUAAAUAGUGCAUCCUUCCUGUGCUAGAAUUGUGCUGUACCUUUGUUAGCCUCUUCCCCCGAUCUGAGCAACAGCAGGGCUGCACGUCCAUCUCUUAAAAUUGUGGCGGUUUCUCAAAGCCUUUUUCCCAUUCUCCGUAAAAGCAGUGUUGUACUUUUUAUAAUUAAAGAAAACUUGGACGUUAUAAUAUAGCACAACCUCAAAUUGUAACCAAUUGUUCUUUUUUUCAGGGACCCAAAUUAUGUUGACAUUGGCUUUCCACAAAACACUAUUUAUACUUUUUCACUGGUGAUGGAUCUGCCCUACACUGGAGAUGUUUGUAUCCUUAGGCUAACGGUGUGCCUAUUGAAGCCAGUGGGUACUUACCGAAAAUAUCAUGGACAGAUAACAGACAAUAUGUAACAAAGUCUGUAAAUCUGCUUCCUAAGUAAACGAAAACAGAUACCGUACUUAUUAAUGAGAGCCGUCCCUGGUAAAGUAAUAUGCUGCCAUCAAAUACGAUUUCAUUUCCCUACUUUAUCUUAGAUAUAUCAGAAUUCUACGGAUCGUCCUAUAUCAAUCAAAUAAUCUAUGGAAGUUGAUAGCUACAAAAUACAAGCUCCAUGUUUUCAGGUACUUUGUAAAUCACUGCGAAAAUGCAAUAAAAUCUCUUCACAAGCCAUUCAAAAUAUUUGGAAACCGUUAGAUUUUCCAUGAGGUCAAAGUCAUUUCCUAUUUGUGAAAAAAGUCAACUACAAUAAUGUCGUUCCCCCCUGUUGCUCCACAAACUGAAACUCUUCCCCUUUAGCCUUGAAUGCUAGUAGUUUUAAAAAAGAAAUAAAAAGUAGUUUACAGACAAUGCAAUUAUAGAUUUGCCUUAAGCCAAAAUUUCAGGCAGGACCUCUUUCUAGGAUCCAGUUCUAGAAGUCUGUGUUUGAUGUGUAUUUUUACAUGAAAGGGCUGUCCUGGAUUAGAAACAUAAAGAAGAUGUCCGUCUAAUUUUUUUAUUUUGUUUUUUAAAGAAAUAACUUUUUUUGGUUUGUUUUGCUGCAAUAUAUUUCUGCAAGAACUUGCAUCCUUCCAAAGAACAACAAUAAAUCACGAUGUGUAGACGUUGCACCUGCCAACGUUGCUAGCUUUGCUCAGAGGCCUAGUUUCUAGUUUAUGUAACACGGCUGUAAAACAGGGCGUGGAGGCAAGAAGUCAAACAAAUAUAAAAUCAGAAAUGUUUCAUGCUUGUUUUUAAACAAUUUAAUAUGAAGAUAUAAAAUAUAUAACGGGAACUUAAUGACAAAGUAUCAGUAAUUAUGGGGGAAAUCGUAUUUUAGUUUGCAUGAUGUAAAUCUAAGAAAAGCAAAUGAUGGGCAUAUAUCUCUUUAUAAAUAAUUUAUUGUUGAAUUAUUCCUAGAAACAGUCUAGUGAAGCAUCGCGCAAACUACAAUAUGCAUUUCUCCAUUGUUAGCAAUUAUUUUAAGUGGACAAUAAGGGAUACCCAUUUCUAUAAAAUAAAAAUGAUACAUGUACAAUUCUGUUUAUGGUAAAUCCCCAUGAUAUGCUUCAUUCUACAGCAAGCUCUGCUUCUAAUUGUAGCUUAAAGAUGGCUCAAUUUAUGUAUUAGAUGCACACAACUACAACGAAGGAUGGGAAGAAUUUGUUCGUAAAGGUGCGGGUUUGACUGGGGACAGGGGAGGGGCCUAGGACCAUGUUCAAAGCAAGAAGCAUUAGUUAUGGAACUUGGAGUGUCCCUUAAUGUAGGUUAAGUUUCCAAUGUCACCGCUGUCAUUUUUAAUGAGCAGAACCUAAGAGACAGUCCGUUUCCAUAUGGGGCAAGCCAAAUACUGGAUUGGCCAGUUACUGACUAAUAACUUUUUUUGUGACUGUUAAAGCAUAGUGGUAUUUUCUAGGGCUUACUAUAAGUUUUGCGUGCCAUUCAAGCACAAUCUAACAAUGCUGUCAGACACGGUCAUUCAUAAAAAUGUGAUAGGAUGACCGGCAUCUACUGCGCUCUGUAUUUAAAAUAGGAUACCUUUGGUUCCGUCCACUUCAAUAUAAAACCACACAAAAAUUUUGCACCAUAGUUACCUGAACAUUUUAGACAAGGCCUUUACUGGAAGUUUGCAAAGCGAUUGUCAGCGAUGACUGAUUUUAACAAAACGAGGGGAGAACUUAAAGUGGAACUGUCAUGGAUCCCUUCACUGGGGUAUUUCUGCGUGCUCUGCUUUGCGUGAUUCUUACUUUACAGACGCUAAGUUGUGAAUGCUUUAGACAAACAUGGUGGGAAGAAUGCACGUGUGCCCAGGACAGGUGACAGAAUAAAGGCACAGUAAGGCAUACAACAGAGCUCUGCAGAGGCAAAUUGUCCCUAACUUAUAAUAUGGAUAACUUCACAACUAUUGCCCUGUGUUCAAAUUUAAUUUAAAAAAUGUCGUGUAUGAAAGUAAAUAAUAUAAAAAGAAUCUGAACGAAGAUAAAUCCACUCUAAUCCAGCAGAACAACUGGGUUUAUACAAUACUUUUUAUCUUGACGUAUAUUUUAAAAAAUAAUAAUGCGUAACCUGUUACAAAAUCUAUGUAAUAAGUAACCGAAACACUACAUGGUGAUAUCAGCUGUAGGUCUGCCUUCUGCAGUUUGUUUUGUUUUUUUUAAACAUUUUACUAUGCUAUUUAAUAUAUAAAAAUAUAUCAUCCAUGUGUGCUGUGUAUUUCAGGUCGUUGAUACAGACUUGGCACUAAUGCCAAA